AUGAUAUUGAAUAGAAAUGAUGUAGCAGCCACAUUAGAUGGCAAUGAACUUCUCGUAACCCGAUGUAAAUCUGUGGCACCUUCGAAUGUGAUUCAUGAUCAUAAUAUCAAUGGUACUUGUUAUGUCUUAACUCCUAUAGAGAUCGGGAAUGAAGUCUGGUUUUCUGUACCAGGAACCGAUGAUUUAGUACAAUAUUCACCAACUAUGGGAAUCUUGGCUAAUACUUUUUCGCAUAUUCAAAACGCAGGUGAAUCUGUAGGACGGAGCCUAAAGUCUAUUUAUGACAAAACAACUACGCACUUAUCGGAGGGAGUGAAUAGAAUAAAAUGGUCUAUCAUCUAUUUCCUCCUAUGGGUUACGCUACCAGUAUUGGUUAUCAUUCUUAUUGUUAUUGUUUGCAUAAUAUAUUUCAAACUUUAUCUGGUUAGAAGAACAACGGCAACAGCUGCUACCGCUAUGAUGGAUUUCGCUAAGACUCUCUCGACUAAACGCAGUAAGCGUCAGCGUCGAAACCAGAUUAAUACUGUAUUGGUUGAAGAACAAAAUACUUCCGAAGAACCUUUGUUUGUGCCACGUAUUUAUUCGGUAACUUCUUAUAAAGAUAGCAAACAUCAUAAGUUACCCUAUAUACGAAUUCACAUUGAGAAUCAACCAUUUACAGCAUUAAUAGAUAGUGGAGCCUCAAUCUCUUACAUGAAACUUUCUACCCUGCAAUCAUUAGGACCCUUACCACCAGAAACUUUUGAACAUGACUUUACUGUUGCCAGAGCAGCAAACGGUACUGAAGUGCAGUUAUUAGCAACUGUUACUCCUCUUCUUAGGAUAGGGAAGUAUUUUAUGAAACACCCAUUUCAAGUUUCACCUGAUGAACAGUGUCCAGCACCAGUACUGUUAGGAUCAGAUUUUAUAAGACGACUCAACGAGAUUGGCUUCAAAAUUACGAUAGAUCUGCAUAACCAAUCUUUGACCAUUGGCGAUGAAAAUUAUAAUUUG